AUGGUUAACCCGUAAUUACAUCCAGUCCCAUCGUCCAGAUUGCAGAAUACGAUUCGACCCACCAGGGUGAAGGCCGAACCAACGAUACCUAGGCCGCCCGGGUCUCCGUGACCGUGCUGGCUCUUCUCCGCGACCUAAAGGCCGCAGCUUUUCGUCUCCAGCUCUCGCUAGGGUUUCGGUUCCCGAAUUCGAUCUUCCGCCAGGGCACGAGCCGGUGUUUUCUGGUUUUGUUCUGACCUGGGAGAUGCCGCCGAAGUCGGCUAGGAGGGGUGGCGCCGCGGCCGCGAGGAAAGGUCCCGGAACAAGGACCAGGGCGGCGAAGGCCCAGCUUGCCGUGGAGGAGGCGGUGCCCGUCGAGGAGGCGACCGUAGAGGAGGUGAAGGCCGCGGAGGAGGCUCCCAAGGUGGAGGAGCAAAAGCAGCAGCCUUCGCCGCCACAGCAACAGCCCACUGCUGAGGAGAAGCCUCCGCCGAAUGCCACAGAGAACGGGGCAAGCCGUGCUGAAGAUGACGGAACUGUUGUGAAAGAAACAGAUGAAGAGGAUGACAAAGGUGAACGACUGGAGUUCGAGGAUGAGCCAGAGUAUGAAGAGGAGGCUGCUGUGGACUAUGAUGAAAAGGAGGAGCAGUAUGAGGAGCAAUAUGAAGAAGGUGAUGAAGUGUUUGAGUAUACGGAAGAUGUGGUUGAAGAGGAGACUGAUAUGGUCGAUGAGGAACUGGAUGAAGGUGGGGAUGACGGGGAGGGUGAGGAAUAUGAAAAUGCUGAUGAAGAUCAUAACGUGGAUGUGGAUGAUGAUGACCAUCGUGAAAUGGUUAAAGCAAAUCGAAAGCGGAAGGAGUUUGAAGUUUUUGUUGGCGGGCUAGAUAAAGAUGCAACAGAAAGUGACCUUCGGAAAGUUUUUAGUGAAGUUGGUGAGAUCUCUGAAGUUCGUCUGAUGAUGAACCCUGUUACAAAGAAGAACAAAGGCUUUGCUUUCCUACGAUAUGCGACAGUGGAGCAAGCAAGGCGUGCUGUCUCAGAUUUAAAGAAUCCACUGGUGCGAGGGAAACAAUGUGGGGUUGCUCCUAGUCAUGAUAACGAUACACUUUUCGUUGGCAAUAUCUGCAAGACAUGGACAAAAGAGCAUCUGAAGGAUAAAUUGAAGAGCUAUGAGGUUGAGAAUUUUGAUGAUUUAAUAUUGGUUGAGGAUAGCAAUAAUCCAGGGAUGAAUCGUGGGUAUGCUUUGCUAGAGUUCUCUACGCGUCCUGAAGCUAUGGAUGCUUUCAGGCGAUUGCAGAAGAGGGAUGCAGUCUUUGGAGUUGAUCGCAGUGCAAAGGUUUCUUUUGCCGAUUCCUACCCUGAAGUUGAUGAUGAAAUGAUGGCACAGGUGAGAACUAUAUUUCUUGAUGGCCUCCCUCCCUCAUGGGAUGAAGAUCGUGUAAAGAAGUACCUUAAAAAGUAUGGAGCUAUUGAGAAAGUUGAACUUGCUCGAAACAUGCCUGCAGCGAAGAGAAAAGAUUUUGGGUUUGUUACUUUUGAUACACAUGAUAAUGCUGUUGCAUGCGUUGAUGGGAUAACUAGUUCCGAGAUUGGUGAAGGUGAUAGCAAGGCAAAAGUGAGAGCCAGACUGUCAAGACCACUGCAGAGACCUCCUAGAAUGAAGCAUGGAUUAAGAGGAAAUUUUAGGAUUGGGCAAGGUGCUCCUCGAGGUGGUCGCUUUUCAUACGCUCGACCUCUUCCGCCACGCCGUCCUUUACCACGUUUUGUACGACCUGAUGUUAGUCGGUUAUCACCCAUCAGGGGCCGCCCACUGAAGAGGCCAAUAGAUAUUAGAGAUAGACGCCCUGUUAUGUCAGUACCGGACAGAGUUAGGCGUUUGCCUCCUCCAGAGAGAUCCUAUGAUAGAAGACCCCCAGCUCCUGUUUACCCAAAGAGAAGUCCAAGGAGAGAAUAUGGAAGGCGUGAUGACCUUCCUCCGCCAAGGAGCAGGGCUACCUUUGCUGACUACAGUCCAAGAGUUCCAGUGGAUAGGCGCCACUCUUAUAGGGAUGACUAUUCACCCCGUGGAUCAGCUUACUCAGAUUUAGGUCCACGUAGCGCUCCCCGUAUUUCUGACAGGAGAGCAUAUGCUGAUGACGGUUAUGGAGGGAAGAUCGACCGACCUUUACCAACCUAUAGGGAGGGCCGUGGCCGUGAUUAUGAUACAAUGGCUGGUUCAAAACGCUCCUAUGCUGAGAUGGAUGAUGUGCCUCCUCGAUAUCACGAUGUUAGUGUCCGUCAGUCCAAGGCACGCUUAGACUAUGAUGUUGGUGGCAGCAAUGCUCGGUAUGCUGAUGCAUAUACUGAGAGGCUUGGACGAUCCCAUGCGGGAUACAGUACCAGCCGAUCUGUCUCUGGUCAUGAUUCUGUGUAUAGCAGUAGCCGCCAUGGUAUGAGUUAUGGAGGUUCUGCGAGCAGUGGGGAUCCUGGUGGAAUGUAUUCUUCAAAUUUCAGUGCUGACUACAUGCCUCGUGGAUCUGAUGUUGGUGGAAAUUCAUACUCAUCGCUUUACUCAGGCCGUAGUACGGGCAGCAGCGGUGGUUAUUUUGGGGGCAGCGGUUCUAGUUCGUAUUACUAAGUUUUGGCAUCCUAUCGUCUUUGUGGAGCAGAUUUGGCACCACAGGAGGUUGGUGUAGGCUGUGGAUUGUAUGGAGCUCCUUAUUAUAAGGCCUACAGAUGUGGACAAGUAGCAGGUGCCUAGAGAUCUGGACAGGUGGCAAGUGUUAGCAAUCAAAUAACACAUUUUCGAAGGAGCCAGAAACAUCAAGUUGGUUGAAGCAGUAGUCUUGUGGAUGUUCUGGCAUGUUUAUUUAUGUAAGGCUUUGCUUUAGUUGGUCAAGAGUUAUGAACAAUAGCCAGCUAUGGUGUGUUGACAUGUUUACUUCCAGUGUUUCUAUAACAUUGUUGAGAGGUAUGGAGUGUUUCAAUAAGUAUUCUUUGAGGUCAUUCCUGCAAUGCAAGGUGUCUUGGAGAUUC